UUCCACAAUUAGUUGUGAACUGUUAUUAAUUCGCAAUUAACAUUUUAAUGUACUAGUUUAUUAAUAUUGUAGUUGUGGUCCCGAUACGAUCUAGUUGAGAAGAGAAUUUCGAAUCAACGAUAAAGAAUUCUAUAGCAGUUGGCAAAAAUCUUGUGAAGGUUGUUCCUGAGUUCCAAAAACACGUGUGACAUAAAUAACAUGAACGGUCCAGAAGGACCAUCUUCUUGCUGCCAAGGCGGCUGCGAGAACCUCAGCAACACGCAGGCAGCUAUGGAGCGCUUAGGAGUCGAAGACACUCCUGGCUGCGAAGCCAAGAUGAAUGUAGGAGAAGUCAAAGUGAACAGUAAACGAUUUGGCAGAGGAGCUGUGGAAUCAGGGUUGACUCACGAAUGUGGCGUGUUCGGAGCCAUCAGCACCGGGGACUGGCCCACCCAGGUGGACAUACCCCAGGUCAUAUGUCUAGGAUUAGUCGCGCUUCAACACAGAGGUCAAGAAUCCGCGGGUAUCGUGACGUCAGAGGGCAAGAGCGCGCGAACCUUCAAUACGCACAAAGGUAUGGGGCUCGUCAACAAUAUAUUCAACGAUGAAGCCAUGAAGAAGCUUAAGGGAAACCUCGGCAUUGGACAUACUAGGUAUUCGACGUCAGCAGCAUCAGAGGAGGUGAACUGCCAGCCGUUCGUAGUACAUACGGCACACGGAGCGCUAGCUGUCGCUCACAACGGAGAACUGGUCAACUGCAGCAGCUUGAGGAAGAUGGUGUUAGGUCGCGGAGUAGGCCUGUCGACGCACUCGGACUCGGAGCUGAUCACGCAGGCGCUGUGCCUCAACCCGCCCGAGGGCGAGACCAACGGACCCGACUGGCCCGCGAGGAUCAACCAUCUUAUGAGACUGGCUCCCCUCAGUUACUCCCUGGUAAUUAUGCUGAAAGAUAAAAUCUACGCGGUCCGCGAUCCCUACGGCAACCGACCGCUGUGUCUCGGCAAGAUAUUACCUCUAGGAUCUUCAUAUGUCUACAAACAGUCGUCGGCGCAGCAUGCGGCGGUUUUAAUGAACGGCUGUGCGAAGAACGGCGUGGAAGACAAGGCUGAAGGAUGGGUCGUGUCGUCAGAGUCAUGCGGAUUCCUCUCUAUCGGUGCUCGCUACGUCCGUGAAGUGUUACCGGGCGAGAUAUUAGAGAUGUCUCGGCACGGGAUUCGAACCGUGGACGUGGUGGAGCGGCCGGCCGACAAACAGCAAGCCUUCUGCAUAUUUGAGUAUGUCUACUUCGCGAGGGCCGAUAGUAUCUUUGAAGGUCAGAUGGUAUACUCGGCCCGCAUGCAGUGCGGCCGCAUGCUGGCGCGGGAGUCGGCCGUGGACGCCGACAUCGUGUCCUCCGUGCCCGAGUCCGGCACCGCCGCCGCGCACGGAUACGCUAGACAGUCAGGCAUCCCAUUCAUGGAAGUCCUGUGCAAGAACCGCUACGUAGGCCGCACGUUCAUCCAGCCCUCCACGCGCCUGCGACAGCUCGGCGUCGCCAAGAAGUUCGGCGCCUUGUCCGAGAAUGUUCGCGGCAAGAGAAUUGUGCUCAUAGACGACUCUAUUGUCAGGGGGAACACUAUCGGACCUAUUAUUAAGCUGCUCAGAGAUGCGGGGGCUGCUGAGGUACACAUAAGGAUAGCGUCUCCGCCGCUGAAGUACCCGUGCUACAUGGGCAUCAACAUCCCCACACGAGAGGAACUCAUCGCCAACAAGAUGGACUCCUUCAAACUCGCUGAACAUGUUGGCGCAGACAGUCUAGAAUACCUAAGCGUGGAAGGCCUAGUAUCAGCCGUUCACUACAACAUGAAGUCUACUCCAAGCGACGGACUCGGCGGACACUGUACUGCCUGCCUCACCGGGGAGUACCCUGGCGGAGUGCCUGAUGAUGACUGGUGAAGUGAAGAGUGAUGACGGACGGUGAUGAGUGAACGGUGAUGAUGGUGAAGUGUGUGUGUGUGUGUUUUGUGUGUUGGUGUAAGUGUUUGCAGAGGUUCUGUAUAGUGUUAAAGAGAAAAUAUAGUAAAGCAGUGUUUAUACCUAGAUACCUACAUAAAGUAUACAUAGAGUUACGGCUAAUACUGAAUCAUUUCUCUUGUUAUCGACUAAUGUAACAUCCAUAAAUAUAUUGUUCAGAUUAUGCACUUAUCUAUUUUAGAACCUCUAAAAACAAUUAUAUUGACACAAAAAAUAUUGUUAACGGAAAAUAAAUAAUGUAUACUUAUCGUACACAUAAACUGUAAUAAAUUGGUGAUUGUUGCGAUUAGAAGAAAUACCUAAAAAAACUACUUUGUUUGUGUGAAUGGAUAAUAUUUUUCUACAAUAAGUAUGUAUUUUAUUUACAAAAUAUUUUUGUCUUCAUAUUUUAGAAGUUAUCGAAUAUUGAAUAUAAUUUAUGAAGUUAAUUGUGGAGGUAGCCAUUAGUGCCUUAUUAUAUAAUAAGAUAAAAUAUGGCGUGGUAUGUGAAAUAAGGUAAAUUCUGUCAAACAUUGUUAGAAAACCAAGACAUGUAUGAAUCUACAGUAGUUCAUUUUAUAGACACUAUAUUUUUUAUGACAUAAAAAUCUCACUUUUGUCUCGCAUUUUAUAUCAUUAAGAAAAAUACCAGGUUUAUCUGUUCUAUUUUCUCAAUGAAAUGUGCAUUUGAUUCGAAUUAUACCUCGAAUAUUAGAUAUUAUUAUUGUUUUAGGUAAAGUCGUGCUGGCUACGACUAUAGAGUCUAUCAACUAAGUACUCUACUGGUAAUAUAGUUAUAAGUAGAUAUUUAAAACAAAAAAAAAGAAACUAUUUUUAAAGAACAUUCCUCGAAAAUAAUUUUACUAUAUACAUAUUUUUUGUUAUUUUGUAGUUGUAAUUCGAAAACCUAUGCAGCAUAUAAUAUUAGUUAUAUAUUUUAAAUUGGGUAUAUAGAAUAUUUUAUCAGUAAAAUCUAUAAAAUAAUGUAUGAAUCUAUCAGUUUUGAUGAUAAUUUCGUACAAGUUUAUAUUAAGUACACAAACAACUAAGAUCUUUGUCUUAAAUGUAAGUUUGAGCUCAUGUUAAUUUAGUGGCUUAAUAAAACCUUUUUCAAAAAAGUUCCUGCUUCCAAAAUGGGAUGUUUUUGGUCAUAGUUUAUAUUCAGAACAUUCCAUAGAGCCACUCUUUCGACCUUUGUUAGUUAAUUUUGUUUGCAAUGUUACAAAAUUGAAGAGCCUAAAUAUGUAAAUGUAUUUUACAUAAAUGUUUUUUUUUUCUAUA